AUGGCCACUAUCCAGGCUGCCCGGAGGCUCAGCAGCCGGGCCCAUGUACUUCCAGGCCAACUCCACAUCACGGAACUCUUCUUCGAAGUCCCCCUGAACCACGCCCAGCCCAGCGCGGGCACCAUCCGGCUCUUCGGUCGGCGCGUGCGCAAACACGAGCGCCCCAUCGUGCCGCUAUCGGCCGCCGACCGCGCCAGCAAGGAGGACAAGCUUCCGUAUCUAGUCUACCUCGAGGGCGGACCGGGGUUCGGCAACAAGGAACCGCAAAACCAUUCGCUCACCCAGGUCGCCCUCCGCCGCGGCUAUCAGGUACUCUUCCUCGACUACCGCGGCACGGGGCUCAGCACGCCGAUUAGCGCCGACUCGGUGCUGAAGCGGGGCGGGCCGCAGGAGCAAGCUGAGUAUCUGAAGCUCUUCCGUGCGAAUAGCAUCGUGCGUGACUUGGAAGCGGUGCGGUUGUGUCUGACGGCGGAGUUUGGGGAAGACAGCGAGACCGAGGAAGAGAAGGAGGCGAAAAGGGCGUGGUCGUUAUUUGGACAGUCGUUUGGCGGGUUCGUCAGCCUAACCUACCUGUCCAAGUACCCGCGCGGGGUGCGGGAGGUGUUUCUCACGGGCGGCCUGGCCCCUAUCCGGCGCACGGCUGAGGAGGUGUAUACGGCGACGUACAGAAAGCUGGUCGAGCGCAACCAGGCGUACUAUAAGAAAUACCCCGAGGAUGCGGAGCGUGUACGGCGGAUCGCAGAAUACGUCCAGUACCCGACGGAUUUGGGCAACAGCAUCUCUCUACCCUCGGGCGGCAGGCUGACAGUGCCGCUGCUUCUUUCUCUUGGCAUCGCGUUCGGCACCCACGGCGGGCUGGACAACGUGCACUCGCUAGUCCUGCGGCUCAACACAGACCUCGACCUGUUCAAUUACUUCACGCGCGCCUCGCUCGCGCAGUUCGAAUCCCGCAUCUCGUUCGACACCAACCCGAUCUAUGCCAUCCUGCACGAGCCCAUCUACUGCACCCGCCGCAGCGGCGGACCGGCAUCCCGCUGGGCGGCCCACCGCGUCGGCACGACAGACGCCAGCCUGCGGCCGUACUUUGGCUGGCUCGAAGACCCCAAGGCGUUUUUGCGGUCGCGGUCUACGAACCCCGCAGAGGACCCGCUGCACUUUGCGGGCGAGAUGGUGUUCCCGUUCCACUUUGACGGCAGCGCGGGGCCGGAUUUGGCGCGGCUGCGAGAUGCCGCGAACGUGCUGGCGGAGACGGCCGAGUGGGACGAGGAUCUGUACGACGAGGCACAGCUGGCACGGAACGAGGUGCCCGUGUAUGCGGUGAGUUUUAUCGACGACAUGUUUGUGGACUUUGGACUGGCACGGGAGACGGCGGGCUUGGUGCGCGGGAUCAAGGUGCGGGAGACGAAUAGGUUGUAUCAUGAUGCGGUGCGGUCGCGGUCGGAGGAUGUGUUUGGCAUGUUGUUUGCGAUGCGGGAUGAUUGUGUGGACUAG